AUGCCUUCAUUUGCAUCCCUCAAAGAUCCCAAGGUCUUCCACAUCCUAACAUAUGGCACCCUGCUCGGAUCGAACCUCUUCCAGACCUUCAUGGCUGGUCCCUUGGCCUACCAAGCCCUCCCACGACCACAGUUCAGCACCCUCCAACAAGCAAUCUUCCCACCCUACUUCACCCUUCAGACAGUCCUACCACUAUUCCUCAUCUUGACCUGGCCUGGAGAGAAGCUAGCUUCGGCGGGAGGUGCAGUGGCGCGUAAAGGAGCAGGAUAUGCCGGCGUAUUUGAGGAGGAGAACCGGUGGAUAGCUCUGAUUCCCAUUGCACUGAUGUGCGGCACAAGUCUGCUCAAUUUGGUGGCAUUGGGGCCUGCGACUACAAAAGUCAUGAAGGAGCGGAAGCAUCAAGAAACGAGAGAUGGAAAGAAAUACUAUGAUGCCGGACCAAAGAGCGAGGAGAUGCAGCGCCUCAAUUCGAGCUUCGCGAAGCUUCACGGUGCUGCGUCGCUUGCUAACCUGAUUGGACUGGGCGCCAUGUUUGUCUAUGGAGCUACGCUCGCCGAGAUGAUGUAA